AUGACCGUGAAGGGAAAGAAAGGCAAAUUUUACUUCAUUCACCACCAGGAUUACAUCCAAGAUACCUCCAGCAAAUCUGGCGUUAACGAGGUGACCAUCUAUGGUGCGUUGGUUACGAAUGUUCACAAACAGGAGAAAAAGUGGCAUGUCUCUUGGACUUUAUUGGAUGAGGAUCUUGCCACGGGAGGAAUGGUGGAGGUUUCCAAUUCACUGACGUUCGACGCCGUCGUCAUUGCAUCUGGCCAUUACCAUACUCCAUUAGUCCCUGAUAUUCCGGGUCUAGCACAUGCAAAAGAGCAAUGGCCCUCCUUGAUCACUCACUCAAAGUCAUUUCGAAAUUCUAAAGGAUUUGAAGAUAAGAAUGUACUUCUCAUAGGUGGUGGGGUCUCGUCGAUGGAUAUCGCUCGAGAAAUCAGCCCUCUCGCUCGAACAAUCUAUCAAAGCACUAGAGGAGGCACAUUUGACAUCCCCGCCGUUGCACUCCCAGAAAAUGCCUCGAGAGUUGAGGAAGUUGCAAAUUUCCAAAUAAACAAAUCCCCAGAUGACCUGCACCAGAGUUUGCCGAUAACCGUGCACUUGAAGUCAGGUCAAACUCUAGGCAGCAUUGAUAGAAUCGUCCUAUGCACGGGGUAUCAGAUGGCUCUACCGUUCUUUCCCCAGUAUAACAACAACUCCUUGUCUGUGACAGAGGCGGAUCAGUCGGUACUUGUUACUGAUGGAACGCAAAUCCACAAUUUGCAUCGCGAUAUCUUUUACAUUCCCGAUCCAAGUUUAGUGUUUGUGGGAAUUCCUUUCUAUACCGCCACAUUUACCUUGUUUGAAUUCCAAGCUAUUGCCGUCGCGGAAUUUUUUUCAGGAAACACGAAACUGCCGUCAACUGGAGAAAUGAGAAAAGAGUACUUGGAAAAGCUUCGCAUCAAGGGCUUUCGACGGAAUUUUCAUUCGCUGAAGGGGGAAGAAGACGCAUAUGUGAUAAGUCUUCUUGAUUGGGUGAACAGCGAGAGGGACCGCAGAGGGUUGUCGCCUAUUGAGGGACAUACUGGCUCUUGGAUUGAAGCCAAGGAGCAGCAAAUUGAGAGACUUAACCAACUCUUUCAAGGGUCUCUAAAACUUUACAACCCCGAAGUUAGCGCUCGAGAGAUCGAAGUGUCGGCAUAG